AUGGCACGUCUCUCAGGGCUGCAGAGAGAAGUGUUGGUAUUGUAUCGUGGUUGUCUUCGAGAAGCACGCAAGAAGCCAGAGGCAACUCGCAAGCAUUUUGAGGCUUUUGCUAGAGCUGAGUUCGAGAAGAACAUCGCGAUCGAGAAGCGAGAUUUUGCUGCCAUCGAAUUUCUUUUAAGGAAGGGUCGGAGGCAAUUAGAGACCUACUCGGCACCGGGAAUCAAAGACGUUAGGUGA